AUGCGCUGCGUACUGGUGAGCGACAUAGCUGCAAGCGCCUCUGAAGCCUCUCUAUCAAUAGCUGAUAGUGGCCAGUUCUCUGAUUGUUUUGAUGGAAAUGCACACCUGAUGGAACACAUUGUAUUGAGCUCGGGAUACUCAGAUCUUGACUUUGAUGAUUGGAUUUCCAGUUAUGACGGUUAUUCCAAUGGUUUUACUGCGUUCGAGAAGGUAUGUUUUCAUUUUGGUUGUCCAAAUGAAGUUCUGCAAGAGGCGCUGGAGAGAUUCGCACUUCUCUUCACGGAAAAGAAUGUUCAGGAUGCCUGCAACGAUAAAACCAUACUCAAGCGGGAGAUUAGAAGAAUCAACAGCGAAUUGGAUCCAAAGAAUGACUUUGCAAAAGAAAUGUACUUGGUGAAGAGUUUAAUCAACCAGCAGCACCAGUACUCGCGAUUCUCCGCUGGGAACAUUGAAACUCUAGAGCUUUGGCCUGAACGAAACAACGUUGAUGUCGGAACUAAACUUUUCGAGUUUUUCAAAAAAAAGUAUUUACCAGAGAAAGCUGUUUUGGUUGUGAUUAGUCCAACUGAUUUGAAAACUCUGGAAACAUGGGUCGCUCCGUUUGCAAGAACUUUGUCGCAAACAAAACCUUCGAGUGGCGAAACCAAGCAAAUAUUCCCGAGACUAAUGCUGAGCAAUGGCAAACUGUCAUCAGUUUGCAUGCUUCGACAGAAUCCAAUUGGAGGGCAAUACCCAUCAGACAGCUAUGAAACACUCUCGAUCUAUUUUGGUCUGUCGCUUGACUACUCUGAUCAAAAUGGGGUGACUGGAACACAGCUUGGUUUUGCACUUUCACAAAUGUUUGGAAGGCGUGGACCUGGCUCACUCUACAAGCUGCUGCAACAACGCAAAUGGACACCGGUUGGGUCAAAAGGGGUGCCGUCGAUUUCUUUUCCAGUUGAUGUUUCUGGAUUUCAACUCAUGAAAUUUCAAUUAUUCUUGACGCAACAUGGUUUUGCCAGCCGUUCUUCAGUUGUUGCGGCUGUCUAUGACGCAAUAGGAUCGUUUGGAGCAAGUUCAGUCUCAACACCCAAUUUUGAGGUUAAUAGAAAGCUCGUUGCUCAAUAUCUCAGCAUCGGACAACUCUAUGGAUGGCUUCUUGCUCCACGACCUCCUGAUGCUGUCGAACUAGCAUUUGAUGCACAAGUGUAUGGCGUAUCAGAGCAAAAGGGUAUAGGCGGCAACAAUUGGUAUCGCCUACCGCUUCCUCAGAACGCUGUUGCUGUAGCAAGCCUUCAAAAGUCUUUGGCUGAUGCGCUACGCAUAAUGAACGACCCAUUUCAAUCCAUUGCUGUUGUGACAGCCUCGUCACAAUCAAUCGCGGCAAUGAGAACAAAAUCAUUUGAUGACAACUUGCCUCUAUUGCCUUUGUCGAAAUGGAACAGCGAGCCAGUGACAGGCGCCAAGUACGCUUUCGAUGAUAUGUUUCGACUAUCCGGAAGAUUACAGGAGUGGAUAUUAGCGCGUUCAAUGGAAGAUGAGCUCCAACCUCCAUCAUUGAACCCCCUGAUUCCCCGAUUUUUUAGACCAGCUCGAAUUAUAAAAAAAACUGAAAAGAUUUAUCAGUAUCCAUCGGUAUUGCAAAAUGACGGUGGUUACUGGGCCGUUCUGGGAGUUGCCUCUGUAACUGAAAGAAAUUUUUUUUUCCCACUCCCUUUAACUGCACCAGAGCCAAAUUGUCGUUGUGGCUUUGUCUUGCAAUUGCUGUCAAAACGACCUGCCAGAGCGAAAACUCUACAAGCUGCACAUGCUGAGCUUUGGAAGGCAACGCUGGAAAUUGAACUUGCUGAUCUGGCAGAGCUCGGGUCUCCUGCUGGUCUGGCGUAUGAGAUCAGCUUCAACAGGUAUGGCAUGAGAAUUUGCUUCCUGGGUUUGAGUCAAAACAUUGGGGUUUAUGCAAGAAGAGUUGUUCGGAAGAUUGUAGAUCAUCAGACGAGGUUACUAGACGGUCCCCAAAAGCUUCCAAGAUCACUUGUUGAUACCGCAAUCACCUCGGUGAAGCAAUCCAGACAACUUUCUUCGAGACGCAAGAUAGAAUCAAUUGCUAUCAUGCGAGAUACAUCAGCUACAGAGGCUGCUGUAGAAGCCAUUGCAUUUUUUAAAUCGUGUAGUGGUGGAGUUUGCUUUUCUCAAGGUGAUUUGCUUGCGCAGGAAACUAGGGGAUUACUAAUGGAUCUCCGGACCAUUCUGGAGCCAGUACUGGGGAGAGGAACAGGCACUGGGGUAGCUCUUCCACUGAUUAAUGAUAUACAAUAUCGCGCAAAUUGGGUGCCCCGUUCCGCUUCCAUUUGUAGCAUCGCGGGGGCAAAACUCAUAUCAGAUGCAUGUGGGAGAAUCCCACGAUGA